CUUUCGAAAUAUGGCCUGGAUGAUUUUCUAGAGGGCCCUGAAGUUUUUGACAUCUAUUUCCAAACGUUCCCAGCGAUCUCAGGGCUUCAAAUUUUGUUGGAAUAUGCGGGUCGCCGUCGUUACCAAUCUUUUCCAUUCAGAAAAAGGCUGCAACAUUUCCGGACAAUAGUCUGGAGGGCCCCAGAUCGUCAGUUAUCUUUGGAUGAGUUACAUUUCCUACUGCCAGAGAUUAAGAAUCUCACCAUUGAUGAUCUCGUGUCAACACGAUCAAUGGGUUAUUGCUCCCUCUUUCACUCAUUGGCUUAUGGAUUAGUCCGCCAGUCUGCUAAGUCGUACGAGAUCGACCAAGAACCGAUGCCACAGAUACAAUGGUGCGGACUUCUCAGAACCUGCCUCCAACUUGACCCCGUUGGUCUUUCUCAUCUUGAAAACCCCGAGUUCCCCGAUUACGCAAUUGACAGAAUUCAAACCCCGUUCUCAUUUCUAAUUGAUAAUGCCCUUGAUUUGUUUGAUUUUUCACCAAGAGGUCGAUGGCCCUCAUUUUUCCAACGUAUGCAGAGGGGAAUGUCAGCUUGGCUGGAUGUUUUGACCUUGAAUGGAACUGAUCUCUUAGAAUAUGGGCGCAAAGAAAGACGGCUUCAUGAUGAAGGCCUGGUACUUCAGCAUACGUGUUACAAAAUUUCUCACCUGUCGCAUCGGAAACGUCUCCUUGGUAUUACUUAUGGAAAAUCGAAAGAUGAUUGGAGGUUUUGGUGGGUUGCCGAAUAUGAGCAUUUUGUAGGCGACUUUUGGGGGAUGGUUCAUCAGGUGGAUCUGGACGUGAAAGUCCCUGGCAGCUGGGUAGACGAGUGCGAUUAUGAUCAUUAUAGCCCCUAUCGGGAGGAGAGACCAAGAGGGGAAUUGUACUUCGAGGAGUACAUGCCGUUAGUAUGGUCUGAACAUCGGGAGUUAAAAGCACCGCUCUGA